GCGGCACUGAGUCAGUGAGACACGGUGGAGGACGGAGGAGGAGACGGUCGCAGGCAGGCAGCAGCACGGAGCGACCCCAUCGUGACAGCACGGAAAACCGCCCCGGGACACCGUCUUCAUCCCAUGUGUGUGUAGACCCAGCCCGUCGUCACCAUGACAGCGGAGGAAACCAUCAAUGUGAAGGAGGUGGAGAUCAUCAAGGUGAUCCUGGACUUUCUCAAUGCCAGGAAACUGCACAUCAGCAUGCUGGCCCUGGAGAAGGAGAGCGGCGUCAUCAACGGGCUCUACUCGGACGACAUGCUCUUCCUCAGGCAACUGGUGCUUGAUGGCCAGUGGGAUGAGGUCUUGCAGUUCAUUCAGCCUUUGGAGUGCAUGGACAAGUUCGACAGAAAAAGGUUUCGCUACAUCAUCCUGAAGCAGAAGUUUCUGGAGGCUCUCUGUGUGAACAAUGCCAUGUCAGCAGAGGAUGAACCGCAGCAUUUGGAGUUCACCAUGCAGGAAGCAGUCAAGUGUCUCCAUGUCCUGGAGGAGUUCUGUCCUUCUAAAGACGACUACAGCAAACUGUGUCUGCUCCUCACGCUGCCUCGUCUCACCAACCAUGCUGAGUUCAAGGAUUGGAACCCCAGCACAGCCAGGGUGCAUUGUUUUGAGGAGGCCUGCACCAUGGUGGCAGAGUUCAUCCCAGCGGACAGGAAGCUGAGCGAGGCUGGAUUCAAAGCCAGCAGGGAUCGACUCUUCCAGCUGCUUCUCAAAGGCGUCCUCUAUGAGUGCUGUGUGGAGUUCUGCCAGAGCAAGGCCACGGGUGAAGCGAUCACAGAGGGCGAGGUCCUGCUCGGCGUGGACAUGCUGUGUGGUAACGGCUGUGACGAUCUGGACCUGUCCAUGCUCUCCUGGAUGCAGAACCUCUCCCACAGCGUCUUCUCCUGCGCCUUCGAACAGAAGCAGCUCAACAUCCACGUGGACCGCUUGGCCAAGCCUGCAAAGACCGGCUACGCCGACCUCCUCACCCCGCUCAUCAGCAAACUGUCUCCAUACGCCUCCUCCCCGCUCCGCCGCCCCCAGUCCGCAGACACCUACAUGUCACGUUCCCUGAACCCGGCGUUGGACGGCCUGUCCUACGGGCUGUCUGGCCAGGAUAAGAGAGCCAGCGGUGGGGAGACAGUCCCGGGGAAAGGGGUCUCUCCCAUGUCCCACUCCUUUGCCAACUUCCACUAUCCUGGAGCUGGAGGGCAGAGCCUUAGCAGGAGUCUCAUGAUGGAGAGCUCCGACUGUCACAGCAUUUUUGAGGAAUCCCCUGAAACAUCGAGAACAGACACGCCUGUGGAUAAGAUGAUGAGUUCAGGCGGCGCACAGAGCCUGCGUCCUGACUCGGCUCCGGGCGAGGACGCGCCACCUGCCGACUCUGCUGACAGGAGCGAGCUGCGUGACUCCACAGAGAAGUACGAGGAGUAUUAUCGCCAGCGUCUUCGAGUGCAGCAGCAUCUGGAGCAGAAGCAGCAGCAGAGGCAGCUGUACCAGCAGAUGCUGCUGGAGGGCGGCGUCCAGCAGGAGCCGCCGCCCAGCGACAUGCAGCACAGCCUCACAGAGAAGUUCCUCAACAGGUCCAUCCAGAAGUUGGAGGAGCUGAACGUGGGGAUGGAGAAUUUAGGGGAGGAGGUGAAGUCUUUGGCCCAGCAGUGUAACGGCAACGGGAACACGUCAGCUUCUGAGGACAAUAACAAUCCUCCAUCCGUGACCCCGGAACAGAGCCUCAUCCAGGGGGGAGGGGUGCAGAGCAGCACCCCACAGCGCCCCGUGGGGGGGCGCCCAGUACCCCCUCCAGACGAGUCCCCUGUCGUUUCUCAGAGUGAGAAGAAACAGGCUGGAGAUCAACAAGGAGAGUCUCCAGACUCCAUGACCCGGAGUAAAGAGGGUGACAAGUCCAAAAACCUGUUUGUUCCCGUGCACACGCUGGAGGACACUCAGGCUAUUCGUGCCGUUGCCUUUCAUCCGUCUGGAUCACUGUAUGCUGCUGGGUCCAACUCCAAGACUCUACGUGUGUGCGCUUAUCCAGAGACGCUGGACCCAAGCAGUUCAAGUCCAAUAAAGCAACCAGUCGUCCGCUUCAAGAGGAACAAACACCACAAAGGCUCCAUCUACUGUGUGGCCUGGAGCCGCUGUGGGCAGCUGCUGGCGACAGGCUCCAACGACAAAUAUGUCAAAGUUCUACCUUUCAGCGCGGAGACGUGCAACGCCACAGGCCCGGACCUGGAGUUCAGCAUGCACGACGGCACCAUCAGAGACCUGGCCUUCAUGGAGGGUCCUGAGAGCGGGGGGGCCAUCCUGAUCAGCGCCGGAGCCGGAGACUGUAACAUCUACACAACCGACUGUCAGCGGGGACAGGGACUUCACGCCCUCAGUGGACACACAGGUCACAUUCUGUCUCUGUACACGUGGGGGGGCUGGAUGAUUGCCUCGGGCUCCCAGGACAAGACGGUGCGUUUCUGGGACCUCAGGGUGCCCAGCUGUGUCCGAGUAGUGGGAACUGCUUUCCAUGGCUCAGGCAGUCCUGUUGCCUCGGUGGCAGUAGAUCCGACUGCCCGUCUCCUAGCGACAGGACAGGAAGACAGCGCAUGCAUGCUGUAUGACAUCAGAGGGGGACGCAUCGUGCAGGUGUACCGGCCGCACACCAGUGACGUCCGAUCCGUCAGGUUUUCCCCCGGAGCACACUACCUGCUCACUGGUUCCUACGACACAAAGGUCAUAGUCAGCAACCUCCAAGGUGACCUGACCAAACCGCUGCCUCAGACCGUGGUGGGAGAGCACGGUGACAAGGUGAUCCAGUGCCGGUGGCACCCAGAAGACCUGUCCUUCGUCUCAUCCUCUGCCGACCGCACCGUCACACUCUGGACACACAACCCCUAACGCACACACAGAUAUAUGAGCAGUUCCUCUAAUCUGAAAUGCACACAUUCCCCCAAUACAACCCUGCUGUUCCUGCACUAUAAACAUGGUCCCAUCCUUUCAGCACACUGAAAACACUCUCUCUCACACACGCACGCGCACACACACACAGAGUUCAAAUGAGACUUUCCCUCCUGUUUUUAGAAAACCAACCUGAUACAUCAGAAGCACAUGUUGCAUGUUCUCUUUUGUCUUCACAUAUCACACGUUUUAUUUAUCCCACGGAUUGAGGGUUAAAUCUGCAGGGUCACUCUUUAUUCACCCCUCCCACCUCCUUACUCCGUACGCACACCCGUCACUUGCUGCAGGUCCUUUCCACUGAGGAGUCGUUGAGGUUUCAGGACAGAGUGCUUUGUUCAUGAUGGUGCCUUCCUUCAGUUCUCAGUAUCCAUAACAAAAACUGUUUAAAAUAACAGUUUAGGUCAUUUUUCAAGAUCAAAUUGUUUGAUGCUACAUUCCUUCUUUUGCAUAUCAUUUCAUGACAGCUGGUGUCAUGCUGCUAUAUUGUCAUGGGGAAAAGAGUUGAAUUUAUGAUGUAAAUUUACAGUGGAUCAGUCGUGAGCUUUUCUUAUCAGGAGGCUGAAUGUGUGGACGUCAAACGGUCUGCCAGUCAGUCUGCUGCAGCUUCCCUGUGGGAUGUACGGAAGUCUAACGUGACUGUUUCCACCUCAUUACUACAAGUCAAAAUGUGUGAAUUAGCUUUUUCAUUUUAAACUGUGUUUUUACGCUGAAGGUGUUUGAAAGUGUUUCGCUUGCAAUGGGAAGAUCGAUGUGUCGGCAUUAAAAGGGAAAUGCAAAGUGUCAUUUUUGGUUGAGCGAUCUCUCCAGUGUUUUAAAAGCUUUGGUUUGUCUACUGCAGGAUGAUGUAACAACAGUAGGUGGCAGUGUUUGACCGUACCAAGGAGCUAACCACAGGCACAAUGUAAUCUUAAUGGAAGCACGGGUGUUUGGAUAUAUAUUCCAAACCAGUAUUUUUGGGAAAAGCAUUGUAUUAUUUUCUUGUAUUUUACAUUCGCACUUUUAACAUGGAUUUAUUUUAUCUACAGAUAUUCAUAUUUAAGUUUUUGUUAAUGUAUAGUAUACAAUAUAUUGUUUUAACAAAUGAAGCUAACGUACAUAGAUGUAUUUAUUUCAGUUGUGUUUAUGUAUGUACAGUUAUUAGUAUGUUUUGGAAAUGCUAGUGGCUCUUGUAUUAAGCCUUUCUUAUUCUUGUUUUUAAAAGUGACUUAAAUUAAUUCAUGCUAACUCAAGUCUGACUGCUGGUACGUUCAAUAAAGUGUCUUUUACACAACC